UGGUUGCAUGCGUAUAUAUGCAUGCAUGGCCUUCUUCUCAUGAGCAAUCCUUCUCUGUGUGGGUGAAAAAAGGACGGAGAAGCAACUAUGGGAGCUCUGGACUAUCUCUCUAACUUCUGCACCGUCACUUCCACCAGCAACAAGAAAAAAACGUUGCAGACAGUGGAGCUCAAGGUGAGGCUGGACUGCGAUGGCUGUGAAAGGAAAGUUAGAAACGCGGUUUCGUCUAUGAAAGGGGUGAAGUCUGUGGAUGUGAUCAGAAAACAGAACAGGGUGGUGGUGAAAGGCUACGUGACCGCAAAGAAGGUGCUGAAGACGGUGAGGAGCACCGGGAAGCGGCCGGAGCUCUGGCCCUACGUGCCCUACAACUUGGUGACCUGUCCCUACGCUGCGGGGACCUAUGACAAGAAAGCACCCCCUGGCUUCGUCCGGAAAGUUGCAGCUCCGGCUGCUGCCACUUCCGGCACCCCCGACCCCCAUGAGAGCUUCGCUUCCCUCUUCAGUGAUGACAACCCACAUGCAUGCUCUAUCAUGUAACAUCUCAAUCACCACCCUCUGCUAGCAAACCUCACCACUUCUCUCUCUACAUCUUAUAUAUAUAUAUAUAUAUAUAAAAGUUGGCUGUUAUCAUGAGUCCUGUUUCAUAUUAAAUAAGAAGGGAAAGAAAUUUGAGGCCGAAA